AUGGCUCGAUUGUCGGGUCUCCAGAGAGAGGUCCUGUCCCUCUACCGGAGAUGUCUUCGCGAGAUCCAGAAGAAGCCCACGGACACGCGAGGGAACUUCCAGGCUUAUGCCAGGGCGGAGUUCCGCAAGCAUCGGUCCGUCAAUAAAAAGGACUUCAACGCGAUCGAGUACCUGCUGCGCAAAGGACACCGCCAGGUUGAGAUGUAUUCGUCUCCCGGCAUCCGGAACAUUCACCCAAGACAAAGGGUGACUCCUGCCCCCUCGUUCAGCCCUCGUUUCGACGUCUACGAGCUGGACGGCAGCUAUCAUCUGGACGGCGAACUGCCUGGCGUCGAGCAGAGCAAUCUCGAUAUUGAAUUCACCGAUCCCCAUACCAUCGUCAUCAAGGGUCGAGUCGAGCGGCAAUACAAUGACACGGCGUCCGACGCCAGUGAGGCUGUCGAUGAACGCACCGAUGACACUUCCUCCAGCAAAUCUCUUCAGCCCACGGUCGAAGACGACGAUGAUGAAGCAAGCGCGACGGCAACUCGUGAAUCAUCAGCAUCUGCUUCUCAUCCGGCGACCGCACCGAGGAGGUCUGGCUCCGCCUUCAAAUACUGGGCGUUGGAGCGCUCUCUUGGUCAAUUCCAUCGAACAUUCUCAUUCCCAACUAGGGUGGAUCAAGACGCAGUCAGAGCGAGUUUGAGAAACGGAAUCAUUUCCGUUAUUCUGCCCAAGGAGGCCGCUCCUAAACUGAAGAAGAUCCGGGUCGAAUAAACCCUGUGUGGCUAGUCUGUCAAAUAGCAAGGGAGGAAGACCUGCUUUGAUUAUAUCUUGUCCUAGGCUUUUCGAUUCACGACCGGCUUGGAUCAGUUGGGGUUUACGUUUCCCGCUUCUUUUUCUCUCUUCUCUACUUUUCCCUGUUUGUUCUCUGACAGUCUGCAUACACGAAUAAUGUAUUAUAUCAGCACUAAUGAAUUCUACAACCUCUUUUAUUGCCUCGAUUAUUCCUUCUUCUAACGGCUAUCAGUGCGUUUUAAUUUGACUCGAUCGUCUAACGUCACACGGUGAAAAUGUCUCGGUAUGAUAUGAUCAUCUAGGUCUUUGUAAUGCAAUGGAUGUAUCGUGAACUAAUCCCAUUUCUUCUAAAUCGAUUAUAAUGUAAAGCAUCGACAUGAUUUGUUUUGAGUCUUUGAACUUUUUUUUAAGG